UCUUCGGAUAUACCAUUGUUUAUACUACCCUUGGUCGGUUAUUCCUUCGCCCUUGUCUCCGAUCCGAUCAGAUCCAACGGCUGCAACACAGAGGAUGAAGCUCGGGACGGCGGAGCAGCGGACGCUGGUCCUGGUGAACCUGGCUGCGAUCAUGGAGCGAGCCGACGAGGCGCUCCUUCCGUCGGUGUACAAGGAGGUGGGCGCGGCGCUGCACGCCUCGCCCACCGGCCUCGGCUCCCUCACCCUCUUCCGAUCCAUCGUCCAGUCCGCCUGCUACCCCCUCGCGGCGUACCUGGCCACCCGCCACAACCGCACCCACGUCAUAGCGCUCGGAGCUUUGCUUUGGGCGAUCGCCACCUUCCUCGUCGCCCUCUCCAACACCUUCCUCCAGGUAGCAAUUUCCAGAGGCUUGAAUGGAAUUGGAUUAGCACUUGUGACCCCAGCAAUUCAAUCCCUUGUUGCCGACUCCACCAAUGACACCACCCGUGGUACAGCUUUCGGAUGGCUACAGCUGACCGGCAAUUUCGGUUCUAUCAUCGGAGGCUUCUUAUCUCUGUCCUUGGCUUCCACUACCGUAAUGGGAAUCGCUGGUUGGAGAGUUGCAUUUCACAUAGUCGGUAUCAUAAGCGUGGUUGUUGGAGUACUCAUCCGGCUCUUUGCAGUCGACCCUCAUUUCCUCGACGAUCCCAAGCCGGCCAGUGAUCAUCUCUCAAGGCAGACGACUUGGGCAGAAGUCCUAGAUUUGCUCGAAGAUGCGAAGGGUAUAAUAAAGGUCCCGUCGUUUCAGAUAAUCGUGGCGCAGGGAGUGACCGGUUCCUUUCCCUGGUCGGCAUUAUCUUUCGCACCGAUGUGGUUGGAACUCAUCGGUUUCUCUCACAGGGGCACUGGAAUUCUCAUGGGCGUGUUCAUCGUUGCAAGUGCACUUGGAGGGCUCUUAGGCGGGGCAAUGGGGGACUUCUUCGCCGGUCGUUUCCCUAACUCCGGGAGAAUAGUUUUGUCUCAGAUCAGUUCUGCCUCUGCAAUUCCACUUGCAGCCUUGUUGAUGCUGGUCUUGCCAGAUGAUCCAUCCACGGGAGUGGUACACGGCCUCGUCAUGUUCAUCAUGGGCUUAAGCAUCUCUUGGAAUGCCCCGGCGACAAACAACCCUAUAUUUGCAGAGAUAGUGCCUGAGAAAUCAAGAACAAGUAUAUAUGCACUCGAUCGAUCUUUAGAGUCUGUUCUUUCAUCGUUUGCCCCUCCUACCGUCGGCAUUUUGGCUGAGCGUGUCUACGGCUACCGGCCAGUGGACAAUGGACGAAGCAACAAUAGUAGUAUCGAGGGAGACAGAGCAAAUGCUGCAUCUCUAGCCAAGGCACUUUACACAUCGAUAGCGAUUCCUAUGACGCUCUGCUGCUUCAUCUAUUCGUUCCUCUACUGUACGUAUCCGAGAGACAGAGGUAGGGCGCGAAUGGAUUCGGUGAUAGCAUCGGAACUGGAACAGAUCGAGUUGGAUAAUGCUCAGGAAAUGUUUAGAGAGUUUUCUGAGGUUCAGCUCUCUGAAAUUGAGAUGAAUGAGAACCAGAGAAGUGUGAUUGAUAUUGUUUAUGAGGAUGAAGAUACUGAUGACAGUGAUGAGCGAACACUACUCGCCCACUAAGUAGAGUUUCCGAAUUGUAGUAGUAAAUAAUCAUAGCUAACCUUGUUUUGAACUUGCAUUAAAAACCAUUCAUAUUUGCAUUACAACUCAGUUGCUGUAAUUAACAACGAAACAAAACAGCUGAUUUUCGAGCACAAAACAAAUUAGUUCACCAUCUGAGAACUCCUGGCUUUUUUGGAUCGACACAGUUCCACCAUCUCGACGUACUUGGAAGCAUAGACAAAACCCCACAACUGCAGAAAUGAAUCGAGGAAAUGUUUUAUUUGGAAUCACAUCCGACCAAAAUUCAGUUCAUCUAAGACGAGACGAAUCAUCAGAUACCUCAAUCUCCUUUACUUCAAACUCUUCUGUGUGGGCGAGACAGGAAUUGCCGAAAGUAUCUGAAGAAGAACUCGAUCCAUUCAACCUUUAAAAACGAGUCGAAAAACAUUAGUUCUGAUACUCAAAACCGGCACAUGAUAUUGAGAUAGAGUCAGCUAAAGAGAAGAGUUUACAGAUCUCCAUCCAAGAAUAGUGCGAAGUGGCCGCCACCGCCCAGUGCCAAGGAAUCAGAUGAACAAAGUGUGAAAUAGCUAUUCCUACCUGUAGAAUUUCGGUAGGCAGAAUAAGUACACGCAGAAUGUUCGCAUCGAAGAGUAGCUCAAGUACCUGUAGUUCGGAAUAUUACAGGAGUUCCAGAUAGAUCAGUGAAAACAAAGCUGCUACUUGUUCCCUGAAACAAUGCGAAUGCAGAAUUAGUUCGAGCCGACGAAAUGAGAACAUGUCGAAUGGAGGGGAGAAUCCUUCAACUUGUAACCUGAUACUUUCUUCGAUUGGUCGGUUGCAGUGGUGCUUCAACUAGUCCACCAAAAACAGCACCUCUUCUAUCGCCAACAACCUGAAAAGAGGAAAGUGCUGUCAACUUCACUGUGAUUAGAAGAUUGAUAUUCCAUCAACGAUAUGUCAUCUAUAAUUUUUUUAGAUUAUUUUGUUUAGAACAAUGGAGAUUGCGCCUUGGUUUUGACCUCUUCAUUCAAUUACUAGAAUAUUCUGUAAGAGCCUUGGCGAUAUUGAACGAAGUCUUGAGAUCUAAUCAAGCCUUCAUCCCUUGGUUUCGAUGUAUGCCUUCCUUUCUCCUCACAAGAAAAGGCUCGAAAGACAAACAUUUAUCCUUGAAUCUUAGUAUCUUAGCAUCCUACUCAGUAGAAAUAAGACAACUCCAAAUAGUUGAGAUAAUCAUGAUUUAAGUCAAUGAUGACGAUUAGAGAAGAGAAUAUAAACUAUCCUAACCAUAAAUAGCAUACAUACCCAAACAAUAUAAUUGUUUUUAGAAACUAGUUAGUUUACCAAGAGAGAA